CCGAAAUCCAAAUCCGCAACUGAAACGAGUGACCGUGCGUGACCCAGGCUUCCCAGGCGCCUGUCGCGACCAUGGAGAGAAAGAUCAAACUAAAAAAACUAAACGAACACAUCACCUGCGAGAUUUGCCGAGGGUAUUUCAUCGAUGCGACCACCGUCACGGAGUGUUUACAUACGUUCUGUAAGAGCUGCCUAGUAAAACAUUUAGAAGAAAACAAUACCUGCCCAACGUGCGAAAAUGUCAUACACCAGUCGCAUCCCUUGCAGUACAUCAGCUUUGACCGGACGAUGCAGGACAUCGUCUACAAGCUGGUGCCAAACCUUAUGGAUAAUGAAUCCCAACGGGAGCGGGAGUUUUAUAAAUCUAGGAACCUACCCUGUCCGAAGGACAUGCCGCUGGUGCACGAUAGUGACGAUAAGGCGAACGAACAAGCGCACCAGGAGGCGGACUACCAUCGGCAAGACGAGCAGGUUAACGUGUGCCUCGAGUGUAUCAACGAUAAGCUGCGUAACCUGAAGCGAAGGUUCAUUCGGUGUAGUUCGCAGGCAACGAUAACGCACCUGAAGAAGUUCCUCGCCCAAAAAUUACUGAACGGUAUCGACAGAUAUAAAGAUAUCGACAUCCUGUGCAAUGACGAGCUGCUGGGGAAGGAUCACACCCUCAAAUUCGUGUACGUUACGCGGUGGCGCUUCAAAGAUCCCCCACUGCGAUUGCAAUAUCGCCCCCGGGUCGAUCUCUAA